AGAAGCAAGGUGGAGCAGAUGCAGACGAGCAAGAGACUUUCACAGGGCUUUUGCUUCUCAAUUCUCAGGAGGAGCCAUGAUAUUCGUUUCUUGCAUUCGUAAGGCACCAUUAGGCAGAGGAAUUGUAAAGUACAAGUGCUGAGAGGCAGGAGUGGAGCAAGGGGGAGGGAAAAUUGCAGUAGGAGAGUACAAAGAUAUUCUUCUUGUGUUUAAUUUUUUCUGGGGGGCAGAAAAAUGGCAGCCAACUGCAAUGCUAGUGCCAGCAAGACCAAAACCAAGAAGAAGCACUUUGUGGCUCAGAAGGUAAAGCUAUUCAGAGCCAGUGAACCCCUGCUCAGUGUCUUGAUGUGGGGAGUCAAUCACACUAUCAAUGAACUAAGCCAUGUUCAGAUUCCUGUUAUGUUGAUGCCAGAUGACUUCAAAGCAUUCAGCAAGAUUAAAGUGGACAAUCACCUUUUUAACAAGGAGAAUCUCCCAAGUCGUUUCAAAUUUAAGGAGUAUUGUCCAAUGGUUUUUAGGAAUCUGCGAGAGAGAUUUUGUAUUGAUGAUCAGGAUUACCAGAACUCAGUAACACGGAGUGCUCCCCUAAACAGUGACACACAGAAUCGGAUGGGUGCUCGAUUCUUAACUACAUAUGACAAGAGAUUUGUCAUUAAAACUAUAACUAGCGAAGAUGUAGCAGAGAUGCAUAAUAUUUUAAAAAAGUACCAUCAGUAUAUUGUGGAGUGCCAUGGUAAUACACUUCUUCCCCAGUUCCUGGGCAUGUACCGGUUAACAGUGGAUGGAGUGGAGACGUACAUGACCGUAACAAGAAAUGUAUUUAGUCACAGACUUACCGUCCACAGGAAAUAUGACCUGAAGGGUUCAACAGUAUCGAGGGAAGCUAGUGGAAAAGAAAAGGCCAAAGAGUUGCCAACGCUAAAAGACAAUGACUUUCUAAAUGAAGGGCAAAGAAUUCAAAUAGGGGAUGAAAAUAAAAAGAUGUUUCUGGACAAACUUAAGCGUGAUGUUGAGUUUUUAGCGCAGUUGAAGAUCAUGGAUUACAGCCUGUUAGUUGGUAUCCACGACAUAGAUCGUGCCGAGCAAGAAGAGGUCGAAGUGGAAGAGAAAGGCGAGGAGGAAGAUUGUGAAAACGAUGGAAUGAGCCAUCCUGUUGGUUCAUAUGGAACCCCGCCGGAUAGCCCUGGAAAUAUGUUGAACUUCCCACGAAUCUUUGGACCAGGGGAGUUUGACCCAACCGUGGAUGUGUAUGCUAUAAAGAGCCAUGACAGUAUGAAGAUCCCUGCUACAUCUGAUGACCCUGUGAUCUCUGAUUCAGAGACCAAUGUUAGACUGUCUUUAAAGAGGGUGAACCCCUGCAAGGCAGAAGGUCCCGAUGGAGUACCUGUCAUACUGGCUAAUUUUCCAGAUGCCCCAAGGAAGGAAGUUUUCUUUAUGGCAAUAAUUGACAUUUUAACUCAUUAUGAUGCGAAGAAGAAAGCUGCCCAUGCUGCCAAAACAGUGAAACACGGGGCUGGUGCUGAGAUAUCAACAGUUAACCCUGAACAGUACUCAAAGCGUUUCUUAGAAUUUAUGUCCAACAUCAUAACAUAGUGCCAUGCAGCACACACUAGAUGCACAAGAGACUACUGCGGAGUAUCAAAUGCAGCAACGUGGGAACAACAGUUGGGGACACUCUAGUAGUGCGUACAGAGACUAAUCUCAAAAUUGCAUCCUUUGGAAACAGAAGAUAAACAACAAAAAAAACUUACACACUUAAUGGCAAAUGUGCUUUGCCUCAAAUUUUGCAUUACUCCUGAAGUUUUCCAUGUCAUGCAUUCUGAGUGUGUUUUUACUGGCAUCAGUUUUGGCGGCACGCCAUAUGACACAGUGAGAAGUUCUGCAUGUUCGAAAAGCCAAAGGCAGGUGCUUGCGCACAGUGAAAGACAACGGGGCACUUUGGCCGUGGCAAGAAUCACUUUUCCUUUAGAAGAACAGUUUUGACGUUGUCCAGCCAAAACAAAGACACGGUGUAUAGCUUGCGUGUAACUCUAUAUAGGUGCACUUACCCAGUCCCUGGUGCUGCCACUGUUAACUUGUGCCAUGUUGUCUAAUUGCAGAAAAAAUAAGACUUUUUUUAACAGCUGUCAAUAAACCAACACAUCAAUAUGUAAAUAAAACAUUGUUUGAUUGGGAAUGGGAGGGCGGAAGAGAAAGGGGAAUGUUUACUAAAAAGUAAUGUAACCUGUACAAUAUGAUGCUUGUUACCCUCAAUCUUGUCUGGCUGCAGAAUCUGCCACUGUUCUGGAGAUCUGAGAUGAUCUGGCUAAGUUGAUUGGAUCCCAAAUAUAUUCUAAACGUUUACUUAUUUUUGUCACUUGACAAGAGGGCUGUUGUUUACUUUGAUGUAGACUACUUGGCAUUUCAAGUAAGUACCUACUGUCUGUAAUAUGUGCUUUAGCUAUAUUUUUGUGGACAAUAUUCCCUCCUAGGUUAAUAGACAUGAGUAAAAGGGUGACUUUUUUAAAAAAAAUAGCUACUCCUUUGUAAAGAACUGAAAAAAACUUGAGAUUCUUUUGACAAAGAAUAGAGUUCACCAUUGAAUCUGGUGUUUUAAUGAACAAACUGAUAAUAAUGUUGCUCAGUAGUAUUUUGUAAGGAAAAAAUACCUAAUUGGUGAAUGAAUCCAUAAGGAAUCAGAAAUAUUACUAAAAAAAAGCUGCAGCAUUAUUGUGCUGUUGUAUUUACGAAAAAAAUGCUGCAUGUAUACAAAUAAAAUAUGCCAGCCCCAGGCAUCAAAUUUGAACCACUUCUGUGUAGUUUGCAGAAAUAAAGGAAGGAAUUGAUUGGCACUUUAACCUUUAAUAUAAUUUAGCGUGUGCUGUUAAUUAUGUACAGCAUAACAGAUAUUAACAGAAGAGGGUAUUAUGAAUUUGACUUUGAUUGAUGACCAUUGAAAUGUGUAUGUCUAAAGCCAAACUACAUGUUAAUGUUUGCACCCAUUUAAUGUUUAAAUCAUCUGUAACCCAUUACUUUAUAUGGACGUUUAAAUACAAAACUUUGUUUACUAAAAUGAUGGUGGCCAUUAGGAAGUGAUAUGUUUUACAUUUGGGAACAGUGGAUGUAGGGUGUCAGAGGAUUAACAAUUAACAACGUAUUGUAGCAGUUAGUGCAAUGCUGUUAUAUUUUGGUCAUUGGAGUUUGGUGUUCAGUUCCAGUGCCUUCUGUGAGUGUAUACAUUCUUCCCCGUGACCGUAUGGGUUUCCUCUGAAUGACUUACAGUGGACUGGAAAGCUUGAGCAUGUAGAUACAGGUUUCCCCCACUAUCUGAAAGUAGAGAGUUCCUAUGUUUGUAAGCUGAAAUGUCAUUAAGUGAAGAAGCAAUUACCAUUACUUAUAUGGGAAAAAUUUUGUGAGCGUUCCCAGACCCAAAAAAAACCUACCAAAUCAUGCCAAAUAACACACAAAAUCUAAAAUAACACUAACAUAUAGUAAAAGCAGGAAUAAUAUAAAUACACAGCCUAUAUAAAGUAGAAAUAUGUAUGUAUGGUGCAGUAUCAUGUAUCAAAAUCAGGAAGACAGUGAGCCAAAAUUGAUUUGGAGAAAAAAAAUCGGCAAGCACAUACAUAUGCACGUACACAUAUACUCACGUACACGCAUGCGUACACACAUGCACGCAUGAGGCUUCACGGUCAUGGUAGUCUUUCUCAGGGUAAACACACGUAUAAAGCAGGUGCUUUCCUUUUGUAAAAGUGAAAAUCCUCUUUGGUAAAGUGAAUAUUCAAUAACGGGGGCCACCUGUAUUAAAGAAGUGGAUGUGCUGGAGCUUUUGGAAAGGAUGAAGUUGGGUAAGUCACCAGGACCAGGCAACAUGUACCCCAGGCUACUGUGGGAGGCGAGGGAGGAGAUUGCUGAGCCUCUGGCGAUGAUCUCUUUAUCAUCAAAGGGGAUGGGAGAAGUUCUAGAGGAUUGGAGGGUUGUGGAUGUUGUUCCUGUAUUCAAAAAAGGGAGUAGAGAUAGCCCAGGAAAUUAUAGACCAGUGAGUCUUACCUCAGUGGUCACUAAGUUGAUGGAGAACAUCCUGAGAGGCAGGAUUUAUGAACAUUUGGAGAGGUAUAAUAUGAUUUGGAAUAGUCAGCAUGGCUUUGUCAAGGGCAGGUCGUGCUUUAAGAUCUUAAUUUAAUUUUUUGAGGAUUUGACUAAACACAUUGAUGAAGGUAGAGCUGUAGAUGUAGUCUAUAUGAAUUUUAUCAAGGCAUUUGAUACGGUAUCCCAUGCAAGGCUUAUUGAGAAAGUAAGGAGUCAUGGGAUCCAAGGGGACAUUGCUUUGUGGAUCCAGAACUGGUUUGUCCACAGAAGGCAAAGAGUGGUUGUAGAUGGGUCAUAUUCUGCAUGGAGGUCGGUGACCAGUGGAGUGCCUCAGGGAUCUGUUCUGGGACCCUUAAUUUUCCUGAUUUUUAUAAAUGACCUGGAUGAGGAAGUUGGAGGGAUGGGUUAGUAUGUUUGCUGAUGACACAAAGGUUGGGGGUGUUGUGGAUAGUGUGGAGGGCUGUCAAAGGUUACAGUGGGACAUUGAUAGGAUGGAAAACUGGGCUGAGAAAUGGCAGAUGGAAUUCAACCCAGAUAAGUGUGAAGUGGUUCAUUUUGGUAGGUCAAAUAUGAUGGCAGAAUAUAGUAUUAAUUAUUCUUAUUAGUAUGACUCUUGGCAGUGUGAGGGAUCAGAGGGAUCUUGGAGUUUGAGUCCAUAGGACAUCAGAGCUGCUGUGUCGUUGACUGUGGAGUUAGAAGACAUAUGAUGUAUUGGCCUUCAUCAAUCGUGGGAUUGAGUUUAGGAGCCGAGAGGUAAUGUUGCAGCUGGUCAGACCCCGCUUGGAGUACUGUGCUCAGUUCUGGUCGCCUCACUUCAGGAGGGAUGUGGAAGCCAUAGAAAGGGUGCAGAGGAGAUUUACAAGGAUGUUGCCUGGAUUGGGGAACAUGCCUUAUAAGAAUAGGUUGAGUGAACUUGGCCUUUUCUCCUUGUAGUGACGGAGAAUGAGAGGUGACCUGAUAGAGGGCACAGUUUAAUUAUGCAGCUUCUGAUAUCCUGUUGCUGGAAAAUAAAAUGUACAAUUCUUAUGGUAUAUGUUGUAAUAGAGGCUCUAGUGCCAUUUUAAUCAGCUUGAAAUAUUGUAAAGGAUGAUAAAUUUAGUUGCAUCUGUAUAAAUCCACAUCUGCUCCAAGCUUCAAUUUUAAAUGUAUCAAAUGUUUUCUUACUUGCCCUUUUGAUAUACAAAGUACUAGGUGAAAUCAUAACUGCUCAGUGGAUAUCAUAAACCACACGUGAUUCUGGUUGUAAGGCAGCCCAGUUGUUUCUGAGCUCAGCUGGAUAGCCAUGACACUGCCAAAUACUCCGGAGAAAGUUGUGUUUUACAGUGAUUUGGAAGAAACUGUUUUCUGACCAAGGCUUGGUACAGCAUUCCAUAGUUGCUAUUGAUGUAUGAAAAGUCAAUGUUUAAGACUAUAAGAUAUAUAAGGCAGAAUUGGGCCAUUUGGUGAAGAAACACUCAAGCCUAUUCCACAAGAUCAAAAAUUUAGGGGCGGAGCUGCUGAAGGUAAAUUGUAACAGACAUGAGAGUUAACCCAGGUUUGAUUGAAGAAAGCUUCUCAAAAAGAUGUGUGUUGGUAUCCCGGGAGAUAAAUAUGCAGUCAAUGUAUUAAUGCUUUUAGUUGUCAUACUCCAUUUAGUG